UUAAACUAUCUACAUAAAUGUAGUAGAGUUAUUGAUGGUUUAACUUGUUUACUGAUUGUCUAAUUUUUAAUGUAUAGUGAUAUUCACUGUAAUUUAAACUACACAUGUAAUACCAAUCCCAUAUUAAUUUAUCUCCUUAAACAGAACCAUUUAAUUAAUUUUGCCACUAUGGUCAAAGUUUGUGUGGUGAAGAGCUGUUCAAGUGGGCGUACAGGCAAGAAAAAAAAUAAUCGAAUGCCUUUGUCUUUUUUUCAACCAACGACACCAACGAGGUUAAUAAAUUGGACAAAGUCAAUGGGAAUUAAUUUAAAAGCAACAGACUCUAUUUGUCAAUUUCAUUUUAAAGAGGAGCAUAUAAAAAUGUAUGAUAAAAUUAAAAUUGGUGAAGUUAUUUAUUUUUCGUAUUUACUAAAGAAAGUACUAAAGGAAGAAGCUUUGCCAACAAUUGAGCAUCAAUUUCAUCCUUUACUAGACCAACAGCAAAGUAUCCUCAAGGUACAGGAACUACUAAUAGAUCCACAGAACAGUUGCUAUUCUACAGAUUACAUAGAACAAAGUCAAGAAAGUUUACAAGAACAAGUUCAGAUCGAGAAAACGCAUAAUGAUUCAAGGGAACAAGAACUGAUUGAAUCUAUUGAUUAUUUCAAAAAUAAUGUUAGCAACUUUUUAAUACUGCCAGAGUUUUGGUUUUACAUAGAAAAACCUAGACAAUUAGAGUUUAUGAGAAUUGAUCGUGCAUGCAAGCAAAUAAAAAAUCAUAUACGUUUAAAUGAAGACUUAUCAAUAACGGUAAUUCUUUUAAAUAAUGAAGAAUUAUGUACAGAUCUAAAAAUUAGUUCAUUUGAAAAUAUUUAUGAUUACUUAAAAUCUGUUGAAAAGUGGCCCCUGUGUGUUGGUACCCAAAUCGAGAGAAACAAAUAUUCAAAAAAAUGCAGAGGUGUCAUAAUUGGUGAAGAAGCCUAUAAAAGAUUUCAAAGAAAUCCAAGAUGCAAGUCUUGUCGGAUCCUAAGGAAUCAGUUGAAAAAACGUAAACUUUUAGCAGCUGCAAAGGUGUGGGAAAAUGAAACAAAAUCAAUGUGUGGAUGUGGUGCACAAAUGGAUGUAGCUUCUUGACAUCUUUCAAAAAGCCUUUUGAGGUCUUAGUAAAUUUACACUAUUUUAAGGCUUUAAAACAUGCUCAAAUUUAGUCAAACGGACCAAAUCCGCCUACCAAAUACAUUCUCGAUACAGACCACCAGAUUGGACAGUUGCUCAUCUAAGCUGUCAGGUACACACAGUUGUCAUCAUGUCAUUGGAUACAAAAAUUAUGGUGGUAGCAGUAAAACUAGCAACAAUCACCACAUAAAAAGCUGAAAAAUUAUAGAAUGGGCGAAACUGUAUUUAAGAAAACGACGCAUUUAAUCAUAAAUUUAAAUUAUAUCUACAAAUGAACAGUGAAACCUUUGAAAAUUUAUUAAAUUUACUCAAACCUCAGAUCACAAAAAAUGAUAUUGUUAUGAGAAAGUCCGUUUCUGCAAAAGAGCAGCGUAUUGCCAUGUUAUGAUAAAGUAUCUUGCAUUAAGAAGAGAAUUGAAGUUUAAUUUAAAUAUAUCAUCACAGUUAGAUAAUCUCCCAAAAUUUUUUUCUUUCUAGUUUGUCGUUUUCAAAUUUUUCAGUUUCAUUACUUAUGUAUUGUAAAUUAUUGCUUUCCAGCAUCUCGGUUGCGACCAAAAUCGUGAUAUGUACCCCACAAACAUGGUAAAUCUUUGUUUAAUUGAAUCGCGUUCCGUAAAGAUUUUCUCCAAGAUAUAAAAUGAGGAAACGCGCGGCCGUUUGUUCUGCUUAACCGUCCACACUACCGAAUACCGAGCAAUAUAUUAUACGGUAUAGAUAUUAUUAAACGAUGUGCAAAAUUAGCGGACUCCAUUAAUAAUAAUUAUGUUCGCAGGCGAUCAGAUUUGGUUCAGUAGUGAACCAAAAUCGUGAUUCGUUCGAACCAAAUUCGGGCGGGAAAAUUCGGUUAAUACUUUUAUUGUGACAUAAAAUAAAUUGCAUUUUGCUCCAUUUCAGAUGACAAUGUAUUUAUUAUUUUAUUAUAAAUUAAGUUAAGAUAUGGAACCCAGGAAAUUUAUAAAUAA